GACCUAGUGAGAACGGUAUAGGAUAGCGGUGGUACAUUUUAGUACCUUUUCCGGGAUUGACGGAAUUUGGAGACUACCCACGGCGGGCACACUGUUAGUCGAAGUCGCAGAAAUUUUAUUGGGGGAGGUGCGGAAAAAACGCUUCUACGAUUUCUUCUUCAUCAAAUUCUUGCAACAACAUUUUAAACGAACGAACUAGUAACCCUAACCAGACAUCAUCUACUCUCAACGACGACAACAACAACGAUAGGACAGGACAACAAGAAGCAUCUUUAACAACUCUGAGACAUCAUCGAACCGGACGAAGCAGCGUAGCAGCAAGCCCAUUGCAAAAAUGGCCCACACACAUCUGGGACGCGCUGUGAAAAACAUUGAGACACCACGCCCACUGAAGACACAGUCGCGUGCCUCGCUGAAGAACAGCUAUUUGGUUAUUGAGGAGCUCAUUCAGUUGAUUGACAAUGUCACUGUGGGCCUGCAGUCGUACAAUACCACACCAGAAUCGAUGACACUACUACUGCACAAUCUGCGUGUCCACGGACCACAGUUGGAGGCCGUGUCCAAGGAUACACUGGAUCGGGCCUUUGUGGUGUUCCGCAACGCUUCGCAGGACGAACGGCUGAACAUACUGACGCGUCUCAAGCUGCUCGAGCUGAUCGAGCUCCGUGCCAAAAGCUGGGAGAACGAUGAUACCAUCGCCUACUACAAGUCCAAGCAGCAAGUCUCGAACGUGGAGCUGCCCUCGGAGACAUAUCAGUACGAUGCCGGCGGGCAGCCAGGCGGCUUUCUCAGCACCUCCCCCACAUUCGGUGUCAGCGGUGGCGGUGUCAAUGUUGGCGUAGGCUCUGCCGCCGCCGCCGCUGCCGCCGUCUUCAAUGCGGCCUCUGCAGCCGUGGCCGCCCAAGCAGCGGCCAUUGCGGCUGUGGGCUCACCCAACCAGCAGCAUCUGCUGCUGCCGCCCGGUGAGGUUAUCCGCAAUUCGGGAAAGUUUCCCAAGCCCACGAAGAUACCCGGCAAGACGUACUGCAAGGACGAGGUGGUUAUACGCAACGCAGACUCCGGCAAGGUCAUGGGCAUCAAAGGUCGACGCGUGCACAUGAUCGAGGAGCUUAGCGAAACCAUAAUAUCGUUUCAAAGAGUCAACCCCGGUGCCAAGGAGCGUUUGGUGCAGAUCACUGGCCCAGCCGAGGAUAAAAUUAACUAUGCCAAACAACUGAUGGAGGACACCAUUCGCCGCAAUGCUUCGCCCGUGCGCCUUGAACCCGCUCCCGCUGCCGGUGGAUCGUGCUCUUCACUCAAUUCGUCCAACUCGGACGACGCCAUUGUGCAGCCGCGCACACCCGGUGGCAGCAGUAGCUUGGCUAACCGGCUGAGCUUCAAUUCGGCGCAGAACUUUAUGACCGCCACUGCGGCGGCGCAGCAGAUCUCGCAGCAUCACCAACAACAUCAACAGCACCAGCAGCAGCAGCAACAGCAGGUUGCCGCAGCGGUAGCAGCGGCUCAAGCCCAGGCCACAGCAGCUGCUGCCGGUAAAGUUUUGCGUCCCAGUCAGCAGCUGCUUAUGCACUCAUAUUCCACAAACGAUGCUUCCGUAGGUGAAUACAAGUUCACGGUGAAUGUGGGCCAGCACCUGAUCAAGAUAACCGGCGACUGUUGCGAGCUAGUGCGCGUGGCAAAGCUUGUGCUGGACGAUUACUUUAGCAGCUCGGAGUUCCUGGCCUCCAUGGAGGCUGGUGCUGCCUUCGAUGGCACUUCUCUGGUGAGCCCUGUGACUACGCCAUCGACUCCGCUGCCCGGCGCUGGACCGCCGCAAUUUAUGCUGCCUCUAGCCGACAGCGGCAUUGGUUUGAACUACGCGGCCAACAAUAAUGGGGAGGGGGAUGAUGAAGUAUUUGCUGAACCCAGCAAUGGAGCCAACAAUCAGAAUGGCCUGGCCAGAUCCCGGCGCAGCCACUUCUCACGCAAGGAGUCCACGCCAGAGUCGAAGGCCGCUCGUGAGAUGUUUGAUGUGGAGGAACAAACAGCUUUGAAGACAAAUGCAUCUCGUGUCUCGUAUGAUCUGGAACUCUUGAUUUUCUACUCAAAGAGCCCGCAUGCUUGGGCCCUGCCCACCGACUGGCAAAAGAUCCAAGAGACUACCCCAUCGAUUCUACGCAACAAGGUAAUUCACGCUCUCGCCGAGCCGAACUUCGAUUGUUUUGCUUCCACUUCGAGCGACAGCCCCGACAUCAUAUCCACCAAUAACGCACCUAACAACUCAUCAGUAAUAACAACUUCGAGAGCGUCCACAGCUCUGAAUGCAAGUAACAACACCACCACCCCAACCUCCACCGCCACCGCCUCUCUCACAGCUACCGCUGGAAAUGCCAGUUCCCUUGCGCUCGAAUCAAUAACUAACAACAGCAAGAAAGGGGGGCGCCUGCCUAAGCCCUCGGCUGAGUCUGAUAGGAAUUUGUAUAAUAAGCAGCUUCAAAUAAUAACUAAUACAAUGGGUGGAACCACGGGAAAGACCACUAACACUCGCCAGGCUCAAGCAUCUCAAGUAAAGGCGAUCUUUAAGCGCUACAGCGAGGAUGAUGAAUUUGUCCUGGCCUUAAGCGAGCAUCACAUGCCACUUGAACUCAAUAAUAACCAGAACAAAGGUUAUUAGAUUUUUUUUUUUUAAUUUUUUAUUUGCUAAUAAUUUAAUACGUAGCCGGAAUACGUACCUGAGUUAAUUUUAUGGCAAAACAUUUUUUAUAUAUCUCAACGAAAAGCCUGCCUUUAGUUUUAUCCCUCAUCAUAAUACAUGUUGAUCUCAAAGCCUACCAUUGAUGCUAUCAUCACUCUCAUACAUUCAUCUAGUUAUAGAAAGAAAAGAAAACAAAAACGAAGAGAAACAAUUUGCUAGUCUUAGACAUAAAGGAUUGAAGUUGGAAAUUGUAAACCCAAAUAAGGAGAAUCUGUGUUUUGGCUGUGAAACAGAUCAAGUCUUCGCUAGAGUUUAACUGAAACUGAAACAAAAUUUGCAACUUUCAUAAAUCAUUACAAUCACAUUAUCGAAUUCAAAAGAAAACAAAAAUGUAUUUAAUAUUCAUAACAAGACUUGUAACAUCUUUAAAAUGUUUUUGGGACACACAAACACCUAGUAUUAAGCGUUUUAUCUUCUAACCAUGACACUUAUAACAUACAACAUAUUACAUAUUGUAAUUCCAAUAAAUGAACAUUGCGGACUUUCAAAGUCCAAUACAAAA